AUUUUGUUCUUUGUUGAAUAUGGACAUACCAAGAUGAGUGACCGACCAUGACUAGUCCCAUGAAUGAUGGUCACGGGGUGAGGGUCUCUUACUCUCUUACUGUUGGAUGAACUGAGCUUAUUUUUUUUUUCCAUUCUUUUUUUUUUUGGUGGUACUGGGGAUUGAACCCAGGCAUGCUUAACCACUGAGCAACAUUCCCAGCCCUUUUUGUUUUAUUUUGAGAUAGUUACUGAGUCUGACUUUGAACUUGUGAUCCUCCUGCCUCAGUCUCCUGAGUCACCAGGAUUAAAGGGAUGUACCACCACUCCCAGCUUCUCUUCCCUUCCUAAGGAAACUAUGACAUCCUCAGGCUUUAUGUUGUCUGGGCUUGCUUCAUGGGGGCCCCAAAGAAUAUUUUCUCUGUCUUCGUAGAGUAUACACAGGACUCCAUCUAAGCUGGAAAGGUCACUUGAUAUGGGGAUGUCUGGGGAGAGAUUGGUCCACUUCCAGGCUGGGCUACCCUCAGAUUGUUAGAGCAUUGCUUUGGUAAUUCACACUCAUUUUUACCCAAGCAUAUUCAAAAUAUCCAUUGUGUACCAUGCUUUUGAUUCAAUCUGUAUUUUACAAUUCUGCUUGGCCACAUCUGGGGCAGUUCUAACCUUACAAAGUGAAGUGUGAGUAGGGGGAGGAGCUAAGGGAGGAAAGCUGUGGGUGUGUGAGAGUGUCUUGCUCAUGGCUCUGGAGCAAGCUGGGUAGCCAGGAGGAUCAGGAAAUGUUUGCAUGUUUUUCCCAGGCCACACCACCCUUGGCUGUGUGCUCUUUCUUGACUGAGUUUUAUGAUGUCCUACUCUCAAUUUCUGGGCAUCAAAGUUGGAGGACUGAGGAGAGGGUUUGGAGAUGGGGAAAACUUUUCCCAGCAAGUCCUUGAUGGCGUGUGGCCUCCACCUGGCCUCCUGCAGUGCAGGGGUGGGGACGCUUUCCUGUUUUCCUUCUGAGGUGUUGACUGAUAAGAGUGUUUGGCAGCAGUGACAUUGUUUAUUUUACUUUUCUUCUGUUCUAGGAAUGGGACCCAGGGCCUUGCCCAUAUUAUGCACAUGCUCACUGCCAGUCUUGUGACUUUGUUUUUAUUUAUGUAUUAUUUAUUUAUUUAGGGAAGAAUAUACACCAAAUUUUAUUGGGAGGAGUAUUUAGAGGAGCAGGAAGAAGAAAAGAAAAUCACACAAGUUGGACCUAGGGCCUGGGAGAUGGGUACAAGGCAGACCAGGGAACACAGAAUGACUCCCUUUCCACCCCAAAUCCUAGAAAUAAGGGUCAGCUAGGGCCUAGAAAGACUUGGACCAGAAAAGGAGAGCAAUGGACUGAGUCCCUGGGCUUGUAAAUAUUGACCAUUCUGAGAGGGGAUGGUUUGGGAGAGGGCUUCCCUACCUCCUCACAGGGUUAAAGGCCACUUGAGGCUGUGGGCCCCCAAGUUUGAAGUCUCUUUAGGUGACUUUAUUCUUAAAAAAGAGGAUUCAAAGUUGCUACAGAAUCUUCCAGAAGACCCAGACAGGAGGGUUUGGCUUCCAUCCAGCUUUCCUUUUUUUUUUUUGGUACCAGGGGUUGAACCCAGGUAUUCUUUACUACUGAACCACAUCCCCAGUCCUUUUUAUAUUUUAUUUAGAGACAGGGUCUCACUGAGUUGCUUAGAGCAUCAGUAAGUUGCUGAGGCUGGCUCUGAACUUGUGAUCCUCUUGCCUCAGCUUCCUGAGCAGCUGGGAUUAUAGGCAUGGACCAUUGCACCCAGCCACUUUCUACUUUUCUGCAUUCAGAUUGCUCUUUCUUCCACCCUCUGGCUGGCUUUUAUGGGACACCCAGCUGGCAGUGCGCUGCUAUUGGUGGACAGUAACAUACCCAUCCCUUUUGGCAUCAUGAUUCUUUGGAGACAUAAGACUGGAGCCCUGAUGGCCCAGAUCUAUACUUUCUUUUUUUUUUUUUUUAUUUUUAUUUAUUUUUUAGUUUUCGGCGGACACAACAUCUUUGUUUGUAUGUGGUGCUGAGGAUCGAACCCGGGCCGCACGCAUGCCAGGCGAGCGAGCUACCGCUUGAGCCACAUCCCCAGCCCCCAGAUCUAUACUUUCCUAUUGGUAAAUACAUCACUCCGUGACCUGUGGGGCAGAAGAAAAUGAGGGCUAGGCCGUGAAAUCUUGGUAUCCUCUGUGGCCUCCAUUUUUCCUUGCUCUGGACUUUGAAGAAGGCCUUGGUCUGCCCCUGGGAGAAACUCAGAUCCUUAAGGAUGCCCAUUUGCCUGGAGUCCCAGCAGCCCCCAGGUCAACAGUAUUCAAUAGUAUUGAACUUUGACCAAGGACAGAAAGCCCUUGUUUGUCCUGUGUCCUCCCCAGAUUGGGCAGCACCCCAACCAGCACUUGGGACAGGACUUUUUCAGUCCUCUGAGGGAGAUACUGUCUCUUGGCCUUUGCCAAGGGAGGAGAGCCUCGGGGACAGGGCUCCUGGGCUUGACUGGUUGGAUGCACACAGGUGGGUGUGUGGGCCUUGUUGAGAAGGAGAAAUAUGUUGGAGUCCCCCUGUCUGAGAAGGGACCAUAGACUAUUGGAAGAGCUUUCUCUCUAGGAAAGGCCCCUGUGCUCUGCGCAAGGAGUGGGGGGGCGUAGGACCUCUGGGGGACCCGCCCCUCAUCCCGCCCAAGCAGCCGCCCUCCUGCCUGCCAACCAGCUGAGGCUCCAGCACAUCUGGCUGUCCUGUGCACAUCUGGGCAGCUGGUGUUGGAGCAUGAACAGCUCCCAGGCAGGUCCAGCGGCCGAGGCCGCCUGGCUGAGCUGCUGCAACCAGUCUGGGCUGUUGCUGGAGCCCUCUGAGGGGCCGCGUGUGGUGCAGACAGCGGUGCUGGGCGUGCUGUCGCUGCUUGUGUUGUGCGGGGUCCUGUUCCUGGGUGGCGGCCUGCUGCUCCGAGCCCAGGGCCUGACAGCACUGCUGGCCCGUGAGUGGCAAGGGUUCCACGAGGCUGAGACUGGUGGCAGCACAGGUGAUGAUGACUCCUAGGUGUCUGGCAGUGCCCUGGGAUCCCAGCCCCUUCUGCGCUUCCACAGCCACUGAACAUACGCACCGCUGCUGCUGGGCUGGGGGCCCUUCCCCAGCACUCUUGUGCCUGCACAGCCUCUGCGUUCAUCCUGAGCAGGAGCAGGCAGACCCUCUCCUCAGCCUCCACGCAAUGCAGCUUCCCUCCAGCAAAGAAGGGGGUGGUCAUCUCUUACAGAUUCCUGAGCCUCUGAGAACUGUCCUUCCAGCUGCUACACCAGGGAACCCCUGCCUCCUUCAACCCAUUUGCACCGCAGAUGAUGGCCUGGGAGACACCUGGACUGUGGGGAUUCCUCAUCCUGAGAUCCAUCCAGGACCCUAAAGUACUGCUGGGUGUGGGACCAGGAGGUCUGAGUGAUCAGGAACCGAUGAGUCUGCUUAGUGACUGCUACACGUUCUGGGCACUGAAGUGGCCACCUACCCUGGGAGCACGGGGCAGGAGACAGUGGCUAUGCCCUCUGCUCAGUGGCUGUGCCCUCUGCUCACAGGUCUCUGCUGGCAUGAGCAUAGCCCCUGUCCUGCCUGGUGCAGGACAGCAUGGUCUGAUAGAUCUGUCCCUUCUUGGGGUCAUUGUUACCCAUUUUGAGGCAUAGGCACCGCAGCAAUCUAGCAAUGCUCAUCACUUUAUGUGGCUUGUUAUUAAAUAUGCUGAUCAUGCAAAUUUCAGCAAUACAGUUUGUUUUUAGUCCCAGAGUUUUGAAAUUAGUGGUUUGUUCCUGCGCUUCCCUCGUUUGACUUGUUUGUAGCAGAUACUGAAAUAGUGGCCUCUCUUCCCUGGUCUUUUCUAGUUUUGAUAGAUCCCUUUCCACCCUCAGAUCCCAGCCCUCCUGAGGGUAGAUAUGAGAUGGGGUUGAAAGUGACGCUGAUGCUAGCUCUUGGCUCCCCCCCUGUGGCCAAUGUGGGCAAGAGCACUGCCUCGUUCAACCAGUAGUGACUGUUGAGGUCUUGCCUAGUCCAGCCUCAGCCUGGUGCUGAGAUGAGACUGGAUUUGGCAGCAUAUGCACUGAGUUCCAGAUUGUAAACUUUCCAAACUCCUAAUCUUUUUGCCCAUGAAGAAAUGGAAGCUACAGUGUCACUGUGAAUAUCCAAUAGGUAAUGUACAGAAAGAGGCUUUCUGCACUGUAAUUAUCAUGUGACAUUGUUUUUGUUUUCCCUGAACCUGACCAUCUCAGAGAAAGGGAGAGGAGAGAAGGAGAGAGAAGUUCCAGGGUGAAUAGAUGUUGGGUGGCCAUAAGCCAACUUUUGUGGUUUGGAUGUGAGGUGUCCCCCAAAAGCUCACGUGUGAGACAAUGCAAGAAGAUUCAGAGGAGAAAUGAUUAGGUUGUGAGAGUCUUGACCCAUCAGUGAAUCAAUCUCUGUUGGGAUUAACUGAGUGGUAACUGGAGGCAGGUGAGGUGUGGCUGGAGGAAGUGGUUCACUGGGGUGUGCCUAUGGGGUAUAAACUUUGUAUCUGGAGAGUGGAGUCUGUCUGCUUUCUGAUCAAAAUGUGAGCGGCUUCCCUCUGCCAUACUUUUCCACCAUGAUGUUCUGCUUCACCUCGGGCCCCACAGGAUGGAGCUGGCCUUCUAUGGACUAAGACCUCUGAAACCAUGAGCCCUCAAAUAAACCUUCCUCCUCUGCAGUUGUUCUGGUUGGGUCGUUUAGUCAGAGCAGUGAAAAAGCUGACUAAAUCACCAGCCCUUGGCUGCUGCAGGUGAAUCUCCAGGCAGGGCAGCCUAGGGUUAUGCAGGGCUGGUGGGUUGAGGUUGAGCAAUCAGGGACAUCCCAGGGGAGCUUGUAUAGGGCUGGGGCUCAGCAGGCAGAGUUCUAGGCCAUAGUGUUCCUGGGGAUGAAAGUCGUGGGCUGGAUCAUCUGGAGAAGACAGGGCAGGAGCCUGGAGGUGUGACCCUGGUAGAUGCCACUUCAAUAGAGGGAGGACAGAGAGGAGCUGGCAGGGAGAUGGAGGAGGAGUGCCAGACAGCUGGGGGAAGGGGAUGGGUUCCCUCGGGAGUCAGGGAAGAGAGGGUUUCAGAAACUGAGCCGGUGGCUAGGAACAUUUGUGUUCCCAGCAGUUCUGGAGUGCUGGAAAGGGGCCACACCUGGGGACCUUGGAGAAAGGCAGGGGGGAAGGCUCCAGCCCACCAGGGCUGCCCAGCCACUGCCUCUUAGCCUUGGAAAAAGGAGCCCCCACACAGAAGAAGGUGGGAACAUGGCUCCCCUGGGCUGGGGAACCCACUAUUGUGGGUUGUGGGAAGAGGUAGAUUCAUUUUUUUUUUUUAAUACUGUGUGAGUGCUCUACAGUGCACACCCUCACCUGCGCCCACAAAACCACUGCAACAACAAACCCCUUUACAGACUGGGGUCCCCUUGCAGCUGCCGUUCAUGAGUCCUGCAGGAUGGCUGAGGCCUCAGCCACAGGCCCCAGGUCCCCGCUCCUCUCUAUGGCUGUGUCCCCACUGAGACCCCUCCACCUCUAAAGUCCCUACUUUACUUUUUUUUUUGUACCAGGGAUUGAACCCAGGGGUGCUUAACCACUGAGCCACAUCUCCAGCCCCAGCCAUUUCUAUUUUUUUUUUGUUUUUGAGACAGCAUCUUGCCAAGCUGCUUAGGGCCUCAAUAAGUUGUUGAGGCUAGCUUUGAACUUGCGAUAUUCUUUCUUCAGCCUCCUGAGCUAUUGGGAUUACAGGCGUGGGCCAUUGCACCUGGCUAAAGUGCCCACUUCAGACACUUUGUCUUGUGGUCACUACAGUUCUCUCAGUCUAUGCAUGUGGCAUUUUCACUAGGGUCCCUUGAAUUUGCUUCCUCCCUGUCCCCCAGAUCCUUGCUGCUCCUUCUACUUUAGAUUCCAUGGUCACUCUCUUGCCCAGGUCCUAAUUUCAAUCCCUGCGUAGGACCUUUUGGAUCAAACCUUGGCCCUGGAUAACUGCAACACUCUAUUCUUUGACCUUGCACCCGACUGCUGGGUGUCCCUGGAAGAACAUCACACCUGGACAGAUGGAUGGCACUGCAAAUGGUCACCAGGCUCCCUGCGUCCUCACUGUGCCCUGGCACACUGCCUUCCAUAGUCUCUCAGCCGAGCCUCCUUUCUCCAGGAACCUUCCAUUCUCACAGGAAAGAGGGGGAGGGCAGCUCUCCUACCUCUGUGGCCUCCCAGGCCUACCUGUGCUGCCGGUUUCUCCUGCUUCCUAAAGCUCCUCCACUGGCGCCCGCCUCCAGACUCACUUGCGUUUCUUCCGCCUUAAAAUAGCCCUCUUUGCCUCCACUACCUCCUCCGGUUACUCUCCUACAGCCAAAUUUCUCAGUGGCUUCACCCUGCUUGUCACCUCUAUUUUCUGGCCUCUGACUCGUCCCUCAGUCCUCCCCAGCCCGGCUUCCACCCUUCUCCUCCCAGUCACCAAUUGAGGGGCCAUCAUUCCAAAAUCCCAUUUUCAGUUCUAUUUUAGCCUCUCCUGGCCACUUCUGCUGUCGUUGACUCCUGCGCCUUCAUGUCCUCUCCCUGGUAAUGUGAACCAGAGUGACUGAGACUCUGGGCUCCAGGACAACACAGGGGCCCAAUGCCAGUUCUGCCCCUAAGCAUCUAACCUGAAUUCUCCUCAUGUCAAGAAGGCGGGAUGGCGGUGUUAGGGACUCAGACACAGGCGGUGAGGUGAUACUCUUUUGGCUUGGGCCCUUGACCUUUGGCCGUCUGCCUGGCUCUCUCCACCCGCGCCCGGGAGCCUUGGCUUGCCUUCUGCCUAGCUCCCCUUUCUGGGCAAGCCUGUCCUCCCUUCCAGCACUUUCUUGCCACUUCCUCAGUUCUCCUUCUAGCUCAUCCCUUCCCAGGUGAUAGAAUGGCCCUCUCUGUGUCCACAGUUCCCUAGUCAGAAGCCCAGCUGGGGACAUCCAUUCUGUAGAGCCCCGUGGAGCAAUGAUUCUGGGCAGCUGCUGUCUAGUCACUGAACAGAGGUCCCUCUCCCACAAACCCUGUGUGUAGGUGUAGGGGCAUUCCAGACCUGCCCUUAGAGUGCCUGACAGGGAUCCCAGCCUGAAGGGGUGUCAGGAAAGGCCCUGAGGAAGGGACCUCUCAGACCCAAGGACCCUUUGUGAAGUCAUUGCAGGUGAUUAUGCUUUGAAUCUAGGGGGCCACUAGUGAAGGUGUCAGAGAAAGCCUCUCUGGAGAGGUGACAUUCGAGUCAAGACCUGACCCAGGAGGAGAAUGUAGUCAGGGAAGAGCUGGGGCAUGGUGUUCCUCCAGAGGGACAGUGCAUGAAAAGGCCCAUGGUAGGACCAGGGGACAGAACAGAGGCUAGUGGGACUCAGCUUAUGGAGGCAGAGGUAGAAGGAGGGUGUGGGAUGUGGCGGGCAGGAAGGCCAGCCAGAGCAGGGUUCACAGUGACGGUGACAUCUGGCUUUGGUUCCAAGUGCAUAUCCUUCCCUCUGGAACCAUCUCUCUUGCAUGUUCUUGCUCUUAAUGAGUGACACCGCUUCUUCCCUAGUGACUGUCCUUGGUUCUCCCCACCUCACUCCCUCCACAGCCAGUCCAUCACCAAAGAUGGACCAUUCUACCUUUGAGAAAGCUUUACUCCAUCUCCAGGCCCCCAGCCUCACCUUUCACCUGACCCCCCACCCCUCCUUUGGUGCUUCUGGGCCUGUCCGUUUUACACUGGCAUCAUGGUGGUCUUUAAAAAGGGAAUACCUUGGGGCUGGGGUUGUGGCUCAAAGGCAGGGUGCUUGUCUCACAUGUGUGAGGCACUGGGUUUGAUCCUUAGCACCACAUAAAAAUAAAUAAAAAUAAACAAAAUAAAGAUAUUGUAUCCAUCUAUAACCAAAAAGUUUAAAACAAGGGAAUACCUUGUCAAGCCACUUUCCUGUUUAGCCCUAUUCCCCCACCCCAAUGCUGCUUCCCAUUGCUCAGAAAAGUCUAAAAAUCUUCCUGUGGUCCCUAACCAUGGCCUUCUGGGUUCCUGCUCUUUCUCCUACAUCUCUUGCUUCUUCCCCCUCCACUCCAUCUUCUUCCAUAUCAUGUUCUCUGGGACUUUGAAAAUGCUUUUCCCACUGGGCAUAGUGGCACAUGCCUGUAAUCCCAGCAACUUGGAAGGCUGAGGUAGGAGGAUCACAAGUGAGGCCAGCCUCAGCAAAUUAGCAAACUUCAUGAGACCAUGUCUUAAAUAAAAAAAAUAAAAAUAAAAAGGACUCAGUGGUAAAGUACCCCUGGGUUCAAUCCCCAGAAUCAAUAAAAGAAAAAAAAAAGAAAGAACAGUUCCCCUCCUCCUGCCCAUUGUUUGAAUGGCCCCUUGUCUUCCUUUGGGUCUGAAAGAUCCCUUCAUCAGGGAAGCCUUUCCUCACACCCCUCCAGACAACUAGGUCCCUAUCAGACAUUUCCAUGGAGUCCAAGAUUGCCCUUGAUUAUCCCUUCAUGUAUUUAAUUCCAUAUCAAGUGUCCAUUCUCUGAAGUUAUAUAAGCCCUAUGAGAACAGGACCCAUAACUGCAUUGGUGUAUUGGUUUACUGGGAGUGUCUGAUGCAUCGUAGGUGCUCAAUAAAUAUGUGUUGAAUGAGUGAAUAGUUGAGUUCACAGAGAACAAUACAUGGUGGGGGAGGGCUAAGUGUCCCUGGCCUGCCUGCCCCUUGUACUUGGCCUGUCCACCCUCACUCAUCUACCCUCACCCCACAAGAUGAGGCAUAGGCUGCCUGAUGUCUUCCCAGCCCGUGUCCUGAACCACUGAGCCUCCACCCCACUUCAACUCUGUGUCCCAUCCUCUUCCUGUUCUCCCCAACCUGCUUUAUCCUCUUCCCACAGAACUGUGGGUGAAGAGAUGUUGCUCCUGGGCCUUGGGUCAUUUCCUUGACUAUCGUUUGUUCUUCUUGGAUUAUAACUACUUUCACCUUCUCUGGGAGAUGUCUGCCUUCAAGGUCU